AUGGGAAUACCAAAAUUUUUCCGAUGGAUUAGUGAAAGAUAUCCUCUUUGUAGUCAAUUGAUUACAGAAAACAGGAUACCUGAAUUUGAUAAUUUAUAUCUUGAUAUGAACGGAAUCAUUCAUCACUGUUCACAUCCCAACAAUUCAGAUGCACAUUAUCGUAUCUCUGAGGAUAAAAUUUUUAUAGACAUAUUUAAUUAUAUCGAUCAUUUAUUCAUCAAAAUAAAGCCAAAAAAAUUAUUUUUUAUGGCUGUUGAUGGUGUGGCUCCAAGAGCUAAAAUGAAUCAACAACGUGCUAGACGUUUUAGAACUGCAAAAGAUGCAGCUGAUGCGAUAAAAAAAGCACAACUUAAAGGAGAGACCUUGCCUUCCGAGUCACCUUUUGAUAGUAAUUGUAUUACACCAGGCACCGAAUUUAUGGCAAAGCUUUCGCAACAAUUAGAAUACUUUAUACAUAAAAAAAUAUCAGGUGAUGUUAAUUGGGCAGGAAUAGAAAUAAUAUUAUCAGGGCAUGAAGUACCAGGAGAAGGGGAACACAAAAUAAUGGAAUAUAUUCGUACUGUUAAAGCUCAACCAGACUAUAAUCCAAAUGUCAGACAUUGUUUAUAUGGAUUAGAUGCAGAUUUAAUUAUGUUAGGACUUUUAAGUCAUGAUCCUCAUUUUGCAUUAUUAAGAGAAGAGGUAUCAUUUGGUCCAUCUAAAACAAAAAAACAAGGACGAUUGGAAUUACAGAAUUUUUAUCUUAUGCAUCUAUCAGUAUUACGUGAAUAUUUGGAUCUUGAAUUUUCUUCUUUGAUGGAAUCAAUUAAUUUUGAAUAUGAUCUUGAAAGGAUAAUAGAUGAUUUUGUUUUGUUGGCAUUAUUUGUUGGUAAUGAUUUUAUACCAAAUUUGCCAAAUCUCCUUAUUAACGAGGGAGCACUUGCAACAAUGUUUAAUAUUUAUAAAAGAGUACUACCAAUAGCUGGUGGUUAUAUAAAUGACGGAGGAAUUUUAGAUGUAGAGAGGGUCGAAUUGAUAUUUAAAGAGUUAUCACAAACAGAAACAAACUCAUUUGAAGAAGAAUUGGCGAAUGAAAAUUGGUUUAAGGGAAAACAACGAAAAUUUGCGAAACAAAUGGAAAAAGAAAAAAAGAAUAAAAAAUUAGUUUUGACGCCAGAGCAACGACAUAUAUUUGAACAAAUCAAAGAAAUAAUAGAAGGACGUACAAAAGUAACUGUUCAAUUUUCAGCUAAAUGUCCAGCUCGUGAUCGCGUGUUUAUUCAAAAUCUUGCUGAGGAACUAUCAAUAAUUUUUACAAAACAAUACGAAGAUGGCGAAUUAAAAAACUUGUCUGUUAGUUAUAGGGUUGAGAACGAAUCUGACGAAGAGAUAGAGGCUAGGUAUCAGGUGUUAAGUAAAUAUGAAAGUGCAGAGGUACUCGGAGAGGAUUAUUUAGAAGCCUUUGAAGAAAGAGAAAAGCAACAUCAAGAAAAAAAGUUUGCCGCAUUGAAAACGAAUUAUUAUAAGGAUAAAAUGGAUAUUGAUUAUAAUAAUCAAAAAGAAAUGGAUCAUCUUGUUAGUUCUUAUCUUGAAGGAUUACAAUGGGUUUUACAUUAUUAUUAUAAUGGUGUUGCAUCAUGGGGUUGGUUCUAUCCAUAUCAUUAUUCGCCCAAAAUUUCUGAUUUAUAUGAUUUGGAAAGAUUUGAUAUUAAAUUUGAAUUAGGAAGAUCAUUUAAACCAUUUGAACAGCUAAUGGGUGUUUUACCUGAAGGAAGUAAAAGAUUUUUACCUCCAGCAUAUCAGAGUUUGAUGACAGACCCUAAUUCGCCAAUCAUAGACUUUUAUCCUAAUGAAUUUGAACUUGAUUUGAAUGGUAAAAAGCAAGAGUGGGAAGCAGUUGUUAAAAUUCCUUUUAUUGAUCAGAAAAGACUUGUCGAAGCUCUGGAUGCCAGGGAGCAUCUUUUGACAGAUGAAGAGAGAAAAAGAAAUACGUUUGGUGACAGUUAUAUCUUUAGACAUAACCCAGCGAUAAAUCGAAAGUAUCCAUCGUCUUUGCCAAAUGUUUUUCCAGAUAUUGAUUGUUGCUCGUGUGAGAAGGAAAAAUUUAACUUGCCUACACUUGAUGGAUUAAAGCUUGUUAAAGGGUUAUGUCAAGGUGCUAAGUUGGGAACUAAAUCUAUGGCAGGUUUUCCAACCUUAGAUACAAUUCCACAUUUUGGUACCCAUAAACGUCAUGGAGUUAAAGUUUUCAAUUCGGAGAGCAAGAAUGAAACUAUGGUUAUCACUCUUUAUAACCAAUUUGAUGAAAUGAAAACAGAUUCUAUCGCUACAGAAAAAGUUGAUCAACGAAUAUUUGUUGGUUGGCCUUUUCUCCAAGAGGCUAAAGUUCAAGCAGUGUCUGACGAACUUUACAGAUACGAAUUACUCGUUAAAAAGAACGGCCGUAAACAUGUAAUAAAAACGCCGCAUCAUCCUGAGGUGGCUGAAAAUUGGCGUAAAAGAGCUGAUAAAUUAGAACAUGAUUAUAGCAAAAAAAGUGGAGUAAUUAUAGGAACUGUUAAUGUUGUAGCUCAUGUGGUGUUACUUAAAGGUCUUAAAAGAUUACCCGAUGGAUCUUUAGUUAAAGAAUUUUAUAGCAACUCGGAUGAAAUGAAUUUUGCAAUACAAACCACAGUUGGAUCUGUUGAAUGCGAAGAUUCUCGAUUUAUAGAACAACCUGCAAUCCCCAUCUCUCUUGAAUUUCCAGAAGGAUCGCAUGUCUUCUUUUUGGGUAGUUCUUAUUAUGGUAGUCCAGGUGUUAUUAAAAAGAAUUCUGAAAAGUAUUUGAGUGUAACAUUGGCCAUUGAUCAAAAGGAGCAUAGUUUUGGAACUGAAAUUGCGCAAGAUUAUGCAAAUCGAGUGAAAUAUUAUCCUUCAUAUGAGGUAGCAAGAAGAUUAGGAGUAAUUGGUCUAACACUUAGUAAGCUUACAGCAAGCUUACAUGUGGUUUGUAAUUCUGGCCAAAGGAUCAAUCUAGGUCUUAAUUUAAAAUUUGAUGCCAAGAAACAAAAAGUCCUUGGAUAUACAAGAAAAUCAAAUGACUCUAGUUGGGAAUAUAGUGACAAGGCUAUUGAUUUAUUAUCUGAGUACAAGUCAAGAUUUCCAGAAUUUAUAAAAGUUUUGGAAAAAAAUCAUAAAAAUGAUUUUUAUCCAAAAAAAAGUGCAAACCAAAAAAUUCAAUUGAUCAAAGAAUGGUUGAAAUCCAUUGAAGUAAGAUGUUUUGAGAAGGUUUCGUUGGAGACAGAACAAUUGGAUAAAGCAUUACUCAAACCAGAUCAUGCAUCAACCAGAUUACAAAAUCAAAUAUUUAGUCUUGGUGAUCGUGUAGAAUUUGUUGAAAAUUCUGGCAGUGUUCCAAUUGCAGCAAAAGGAACAGUUGUUGGAAUGGAAGGAAAUAAUAUUGACGUUGUGUUUGAUCAUUCCUUUAUGAGCUAUUCAACUUUAGGUGACAGAUGUUCAAAAUAUCGUGGUAUGACUGUUCCUUCAACCUCGCUUCUUAAUCUUACCAAUAAACAAUUUAUUGAUAAACAACCAGCCAAUAAUGACUCUGCGCCAACACAAGAAAGCAAUGCUAAUGGUGAUUCUAGUCAUCAAAAAGAAAAGGCACCUGUUAUAUCUAAAUCACAAAGAGCUGGUUUACAGUUCCCAGUGGGACGUAUUCACCGUUAUUUGAAAACUAGAACUAUAAAUAAUGCACGUGUUGGAGCAAAGGCUGCAGUUUAUUCUGCUGCAAUUCUAGAAUAUCUCACUGCCGAAGUGCUCGAAUUGGCAGGAAAUGCAUCUAAAGAUUUAAAAGUAAAACGCAUUACACCAAGACAUCUACAGCUUGCUAUACGUGGUGACGAAGAACUAGACACAUUGAUUAAAGCUACAAUUGCUGGUGGUGGUGUGCUACCGCACAUCCAUAAGACACUUUUAAACAAACCAAGCUCAAAAAAGAAGAUUGCUUCAUAA